UAUAGUAUCUAUCCACCAAAGAAAUGGAUUCAUCACUAAAAUUUAUCCACGUCGACCGAGUCACUCCUUCAAACUCUGACUCGUCCGAGUCACACACUCUCCCACUUACUUUCUUCGACCUUCGUUGGUUCAAGAUCCAUGCAGUCGAACGAGUCAUCUUCUUUCGUCUAACCGAGGCAACUCGCUCUUUUUUCGACUCAGUCAUCGUCCCCAACCUCAAAACCUCUCUCUCUUCAUCCCUCUCUCACUAUCUCCCCCUUGCCGGCCAACUCGUCUGGAAACAACUUGAUCCCAAACCGAGCAUCCUCUACUCUCCAAACGACGCCGUUUCAUUAACCGUCGCUGAGUCAAACGCCGAUUUCUCCCGUUUAACCGGUAAGGAACCAUUUUUCUCCACCGAGUUACACCCGUUAGUCCCUAGGUUACAAAGCUUCGACGACUCAGCCUCGGUCAUGUCGUUUCAAGUUACGCUGUUUCCAAACCAAGGGUUUUGCAUCGGCGUAACAGCACAUCAUGCCGUUUCCGAUGGGAAAACGACAAUCAGUUUUCUCAAAUCUUGGGCGCACAUAUGUAAACAUCAAGAUUCUUCUCUACCUCAGGAUCUGAUUCCAUUUUACGAUCGCACGGUCAUAAAAGGUCCAUCAAAUGGCGAUAUAAAAGUUUUGAACUCAUGGCAGACUUUAGUGAAAACGUUCAUGGGCGGUAAAGAACCAGAAAACCCCAAGAGUUUAAAGCUUCGUCCGUCUCCCGUGAUUAGUCCUGACGCAGUUCGGUACACUCUUGAGCUCACUCCCGAAGAUAUCCAAACCCUUCGGGAGAGGCUCAAGAGAGAGUCGUCCUCCUCCUCUUCCUCGUCAAAGGAGCUUCGUUUGUCCACGUUUGUGAUAACAUAUUCAUAUGCCUUAACUUGCUUGAUUAGAGCUCGAGGUGGAGAUCCAAAUAGACCUGUUGGGUGUGUGUUUGCUGUGGAUUGUCGAAAUAAAGUCACUCCACCGAUCCCAUCGAGUUAUUUCGGUAAUUGCGCCAUCCUUGCUAGUAAAAUUCCAUUAACCGCAGAUACGUUUAUGGGGGAAGAAGGGUUUUUGGCUUCUACAAAGUUGGUGAGCGAGUUGGUUGAGGAAUUGGACGAGAGUGUGGUGUGGAAGAUCCCAGAUUUUGUUGAGUUAUAUAGUAGUAUUCCCAAAGGAGCACAGGUUCUGUCUGUUGCGGAUUCGACCCGGUUUGGAGUAUAUGGGUUGGAUUUCGGGUGGGGCAUACCAGAGAAAGUGGUGGUUGUGUCGAUUGAUCAAGGCGAAGCGAUUUCCUUGGUGGAGAGUAGAGAUGGAAAUGGCGGUGUGGAGGUUGGCUUCUCUCUCAAGAAACAUGAAAUGGAUGCUCUCAUUGAUUUGCUCCAUAACGGUCUAAAAGUUUGACCACUCUUUUCCUCAAAAUAAAAUUGUAAGAGCAUCUCCAGUAGUAUAAUUUAUUAUAAUUUUCACAUUUUUUAAACUUAAGAACUUCAUUAAGAGAUUUUUCAAUGACUUCUCCAAUGGUAAAAUCUUAUUAGAGCAUCAUCAUUAAACAGCCCUUAAUGGGUUUGUUAACUUUAAAUUAACAUUAAAUUUAAUACUAGUUUAAUUUAAACCUCA